AUAAAUUAUUUUUCUACGAAUGUUAUUAAUUAUCACUGAUUACAGAGUAAUAUUCACAAUUUGAAUGAUAUUCAGAGUAAUAUUCACAAUUUUAUAUAGCCUCUAAACGACGCAUGACAUUAGGCCGCUAUCACCGUUGUCAUAACAAUAGAUGGAAACUCUUCCGAAGCUUAAGCUUGUAGAAAAUAGUAAACAAAGUUCAAUUUCGAAUGGUGUAGUAAUGCUAUUCAAAUAAAUUGAUAAUGGAUCCUAAAUUUCAUACGGAAGUAAUUUUAAAAGAAGAAAUAAUUGAGCCAAAUGAAACAUACGAGUUUGUAGACGAUAGUAAAAAUGGAGCAAAUGAUAAUAAAAGUGAAGGAUCUAUUGGUAUUCGACCGAGACCACUAAUUUGUAAGCCAGAAAAUGUAAACAUUGACUGUAAAGCUGAACCAAUUGAAAAUAAACGACAUUGGGCGCCAGGAGCUUGGCAAGAUGCUACUAGAACAAGUGCAUUUCAACCUUAUAAGCCUCCAACACUACUCACGAAUUUACAAAGAGGCAAUACGAAAACUGAAAUUCCUCAAUUAUAUGCUAGUAGUGAUAUAACUUUUCACACAUUGGCGGGACAAGGUGAAUUAACGGCUGAUCAUUUGAAAUCAGUAUCAGUAGAUGCUCUUGAUAAAAAUGGGCUGACAGGAUUAAUGUGGGCUGCUGCUCACGGUCAACUUGGAAGUGCUAGACAAUUGAUCAAAGCUGGAGCUGAUAAAAAUUACAAAGGACCUAAUGGAGAAACUGCAUUACAUCUUGCAGCAUCUAAUGGCCAUCAUGACCUUGUGAAAUUAUUACUUAAUAAUGAUGCUGAUGUUGAUGUUGUUGAUGAGGAGGGAAAUACUCCAUUAAUUUAUGGGGCAUAUGGAGAUCAUCCCCAUGUAUGUUACGAGUUAUUGACACGUGGUGCUGAUGUAACUCAUAGAAAUAUUCACAAUAUUAGCGCAUAUCAUGCAGCGAUCUUGAAAAAAUCAUCGACAGCCAAAGCCGUUAUUGAAAAUUAUUUAAUACAACAAUUAGUAGUUUAAAUUUUUUUGUAGUUGAUAUGAUGAAAAGAAUACAAUACUGUAUAUAUUUCCAAGAGGUUACAGCUUUUAAUAAAAAUAACUUGUUAUGUUUUUGAUACCUAA